UUUGCAAUAUGUUGCAUAAUUUACAGAAUAAAAAUGAAAAAUCUGCAUUUUGUAUUAAUAAUCAUAGAUCACACAUUGUAAAAUUCAGUUCAUUCAAUUUCAAUUAUUUGCAUAAUAUGUGAAUUUUAUAAAGCAAGGAGCUGUCUUGUCUAUUUGAUAUAUGUCUUGUUUGCGAAAGUGUAUUUUCUAUCUAAUUUUUUUGCUCAUUUACUUUGUGUGGUUGGAGCAAGAAAUGGUAGCAGUGGAGGUGGGAUUUUGAGAGUUUUCUGAAGAAGUCUACGCAGACCUUUUAUUGCCUUUCAAUGGGGAUACAGUACUAUCUGUUUAUGUUCAAGUUGAUUUGGUUCGUUACUCAAGAUCAUUUUUGGUUCUAGGUUCCGAAUGCCUUUGAGCUUAUCUACUUGCUCCUUGAAUGAUUUUGACAUGAUAAUAAUGAAUCCUAUUAUCUUGGAAAAUAAACGUUCACCUCGUCUGUAUCCAUCUCCACAAAAUGAUUACUUAUUUCAGAAUAACGAAGAAACAACAGCAUAUGAUCAAUCAUGUGAAUCAGAUAUAAUUGAUCGAAAUUUUGCUGCUCGAAUUAUUCAAAGAUCAUGGUGUUCUUACAGAAAUAAACAGCUAUUUCGCCUCCUCAAGCACACAAUCUGUGCAGCUGAACACUGCCUGACAACUAACAUUCUAAGAAAACUUCGGCUCUCCGAUGCUGAGCUCUUGAAGGAUACCAGCUUGUCAUAUAAGAUCAGAUUCAGAUUUGCUGGAGAAGAAUUUCCACCUAUCCUUGUGUUUAAGAUUUUUCAACACGUUGGGAAUUGUAAAAAUCACUAUAUAAGUGGGAAAAGAAUAAUCAGACCUGCGACUGAGGCAGCAGCUGCUUCCUGCAAAAUUAUGGGACACAGGAAAUUCUACGACCUUAUUAUAGAAGAUAACCUUCAGUAUCAAAGAACCAAAAUAGCAGAUGAAACUGAUAUUGUUACAAUGAAAGAUUAUAUGCAGUACAUAAGUAGUCUGGAUGAGACUCCGGCUUAUCUUGGUGGAAAAGACAACUACUGGAGAAUGGUGACCCUGACAAACCUACCCAGGACAACAAUUAUGUAUGACAUAAUGGACUAUGCUCAAAACAAAACUUUAUCUCAGCGUUUGAAAGAUGAAUUGCCAACUCUGCUUUCUAAACCUACUACUGAAGAGAUUCAACUUCAACAUAUUAGAACCAUCUCUCAGACCAGAUCACCAACUCCAUCCAUAAGCAUUCCUCCAACUCGAUCGUCAACAUCCUCAAAAGCAGCAAGAGAGUCACAACGCCGUUCUUACAAAGCACGACGAAAAGUUUCCAAAAUGAGAAAGAUUUAUGGUUUGGAUAAAAACAAAGAGGAAGUCCUGAAUAACCCUACUCAUCACAGUUAUGCACAGGAUGGUUCACAGAUUACCACCAGUUGUGAUCAAGAUAAGAGAAGUCCAGCUGUUCAUUUAACUUCUGAUGAAGAGUGGGAGCAUGAAGUGGAUGAACUCUAUGCUUGGACACAAGAACUAUCGCUUGACUAUUAGUCUUAUUUCAGUCAGGGAAAGAGCAUCACCAUAAAUUUCACAGAGAAACAUACUCCAG